GUUUUUGUGUUAGCCUAUAGCCUAAAUUGCCACGAUUUUAUCCGUCGUUUUUGGAAGUUUGCCUUUCUGGCUGGAUUUUAAAAUAUUUGACAUUUCAUUGACCCGUGAGUCAAUCAGCAGACACUGAACUACAACAAAUUGGCCUAAUUCACAGUUUAACCUCGGCGCUAUAGCCUACGGGCGGUGUUCAUUCGAACCUGCACAGAACAACCACUUGCAGCUAUGCCGCGGAUAUUUCGCUAAACUAUCGUGAUCGACGGAUUAACGGAGGAAGCUUUCAUUUGUCAAAGAUUUACAGUGAAUCAACAGAUAGGCUAAGCUUUCUUCAACCAACACAUAAGCUGAGUCUUUAGGUGUGCCUCAUCCCACCUAAAGAUGAUCUUCUACAUUCCUAAGAAACUCAAAGAAUAUGAACUUCCAUGGCAACGCUUUUACUCAUCCCCUCUCUGCCGACCAGCGGAACCGGAGACGUCAGAUGACUCGAAGAGUAUGCCCCUCUUCUCCUCUUUCCGCAAAGUCCUGUUCUGGCUUUGCUUGCCUUGCUUUCUGCUGGCUGGGCUCAUGGUCUACGUCACCCUUGCCGUUUGCUUGUCCAUGGCCCCGACGCACAGACCCCAUUAUCCACAGAGCAUCCUCGCCAUCAACACCGUGAGCGUGAAGUUCACCGCCCCGGGAACCACAGCGAGCCCAAAGUACGUCGCCAAACCACAGGGGGCCUUCUGGAGGGAUCGCAUGGAAGCCAACAAAACUGGACUGUGGAACCGGCUUCAGUAUAAAUUGGAUCUGUGGAACAGCAACAUCUUUCGUUCAGUCAAGGCCAGGCCACAGGGUGUCCAAAUGGUAGCCAGCAUCAGGGGCAGGCCCUGUGCCUUUAACCUGACCUCAGUGGAGACUGCGAUGCCAGGGUUCUAUACGCUACCACUCCACAUCAGGGAGUUCGUUCUGCGGAUGAUGUGCCGGGACUUCCCCCUCCUCACCGACCAGCCGCGCUUAUGUCACAAAGAGACUGGGAGGCCUCCUUUCUUGCUGCUGGCCAUCAAGAGCCAGGACGAGCACUACGAACAGCGGCAGGUCAUCCGGGAGACCUGGGGACAGCAGGGCCAGCUGCGGGGCAGGAGGGGCAGAGGCGGGCUGGUCCGCAGGCUGUUCCUGCUGGGGAGAGGUGGCGGGAGUCCCAACCGGACCCAGGAGGAGCGUCUGAAGCAGGAGAGCGAGCAGCACGGGGAUCUCCUGCGCUGGGGCUUCAGGGACUCCUUCUUCAACCUGACCCUGAAGGACGUGCUGUUUUGGGGCUGGCUCGCACGCCACUGCCCGCGCGCCCGCUUCAUCUUCAAGGGCGACGACGACGUGUUUGUCAGGACUCCCGCCCUGCUGGACUACCUGCAGGCGCAGCUGGACAGAGAGGAGCAGAAGGCGGCUGCAGGCCUGACGCCCGACGAGACCCUGCAGAAUUUUCUGGUGGGGGAUGUGAUCCAACUGGCCCGACCAAUACUCUCCAAAGAGGUGAAAUACUACAUUCCUGAGCACCUGUAUACAGGGACAUACCCCACGUACGCGGGUGGGGGAGGGGUGGUGUACUCAGGCGCGCUGGCCCUGCAACUGCAGAAGGUGUCGCAGAGGGUCGCUCUGUUCCCCAUCGACGACAUCUACGUGGGCAUGUGCCUGGAGAGGCUGGGGGUGGUCCCCACGCACGAGCCGGCGUUCCUCACAUUCGACUUCCCCGAGGGGGAGGAGGAGGAGAGCCCCUGCGCAUACCACAGCAUCCUGCUGGUCCACAAGCGCAGCCCCGAGGCGGUGAGGAGGCUGUGGGCGGAGAUCCUCGCGCCUCCCCCCGAGUGCCUCAACACCACACUCAGAGUGAACCCCACACACGACCCUCCCAAACAUAUGGCACAUAAACAAAAACAAACACAGGAAUUAGAUAUCAUGGACUUCAUAUGAUGCAGAUUCUCAGGAGAUCUCACCACCUCAUUUUAGCUUCACUCAUUCCUCUCUGACAGUAAAUUAAAUAUCUUUGGCGUGCGGACAUAACAAGGAAUCUUGGGCUUUGGGAAACACUGAUUUUCACAAUUUUCUUACAUUUUAUUGAUAAAACCAACUAUUCAAUUAAUCAAGAAAAUAAUCCACAAAGUUAUCGACUGUAGAAACAAUAGGUAGUCGCAGCCCUACCCUGGGAUAUAGCUCCCUACCGUCAUGGAAUAUUCAGAUAGAUUAGAUAGUCAACUAUCUGGCUGGUUCCACAAUAAAACUCCUGGACCAAUUGAAAAGACUGUAUAAACUAGGACAAACAUGCUUUUUGAUAAGGAUAUCAGAAUGGUUUAAACUGGUUUACAGGAAGCACUAUCACUGAACAAGCACACAUUCAGUACCAUAAAUAGCUGUUUUUUUGUUUGAAGUUUGAAAACUUUUGCAAUAUGUUUUCUAUUGUAAGGAUUUAUUCAUUGUCUACUCAAAAUUGUAAAUGACUGAAUUCCUAUUGUGGAAAUGUUGUACAGUGUCAUUGUAACUUAUAAAUGUGAAGCCUCUUUGGGAUGGUGGAUUCUUGAGUUCAGAGCUGGGUUUGGAGCCCACAGAUUACUGUGCAAGAGUCAUCAUCAAGGUGAUCUGCAAGCCAUUGGAAAAAUAAGGGUUUAGGAUUUCCCACUGAUUUGUUUUUCCUGUUUUUAGAAGUGGGAAAGCCUGAGGUUGUGUCUCCAUACACCCUCUCAUAAUUAGUCACGUUUCUACCACUGGGGCCAGUAUCGCCUAUAGGGCUUUCUUCAGGUCCACAUGGCCAAUGACCUGAGGCCUCAAAACGCAAGAACAGAAACUGGCCCCUGCCAAACAAAGUACUUCACCGCCACCCCUGGCUUGCUAGGGGGUAGGGCUCAGACGGUGAAGUGCUGUGUGGUGUGGUCUUUGGACUCUGUUCCCUUGCAUUCACCAGGUGCUUUGAUCAUUGAUCAUUGAUCAUUAUUAUGGGCUGCUGUCAACAGAUUAUGUUUUUCCAUCGUCGCUGCCAGCAGGAUUAAACAAAACCUGAUUUCUGAACUGAUUUCCUGCAGGCUUGGCGGAGGUUGUAAUGGGUCAAAGUUGAAUCAGGGGAUGCGUGUGCCCUCAACUUCAGAAAGAACUGUAGAUUUUGGACAUGUAAAAAGGGCAACAAUGAUGAUAAACAUCUUCAGCAUCUUGAUCAAGGGUCAUGGUAGAAUGGACUGGAUCUGCAUUAUGGGGGGGGGAAUUAUAUUUGUUUAGACUGCAAGAUAAGGUGUAUUGACCUUUCAAAAUGCCCUUCCCACUUUUAAUCAUCAAUUUCAGUCUCACUUUCCCUUUCAUCCAGUGACCGUCCCAGUGUGCCGUAUUUACACUGCUUUUAAAUAUUUUAAAUAUAUA